AGCAAUCACGGCGACCAAAUCCGCCUUCCCGCGGAGGCAACCCCCUCCACCCCCCACCCCCAUGGCGGUAAUCGCUGCAGAGACGGUCUCCGAGAGAGCUGACCUCCUCACCCCCGCGAUGCUGCUGUUAGCAUAACAGUUGUGAUCGCCCGGCCUCUCCCCGCAUGGCUUCCUGGACCGAGCGCUACAAAUCAGAUGUUUCCUGUCUAGCGACACAUCAGCGCGGAACUUGCCGUGCUGCCCCAGGCAUCGGACGCCCCGACCCGGCUGCCCCUGCCACUGAUGCCUUGGGGCAACGUCCGGGCGGUCUGGAGGGUGGAGCAGGGAGACCGGGAAGAUCAGAGCGACUGAGCGGCUCCCCCCGACCAGCCAGGAUGAACCACAACUGUAGUGGGAUCAGGAAGUGGAGCGACCCACUAUAUGCGGCCGCCUUCAGCUUCAUCUUUGUCAUCGGCCUCCUGCUCAACACGCUGGCCCUGAUCUUCUUCUUCCGCUUCACCAAGAUCCGCUCGCAGACCACUAUCUAUAUGAAGAACCUGGCAUGCGCCGACCUGCUGUUGCUGAUCUCACUGCCCAUGCGCUUCACCUUCUACUUCACCCGCCCGUACUUCUCGCCCCUCGUCUGCGAGCUCAACGGCAUCGUCUUCCUGGUCAACAUGUACGCCAGCAUCUUCUUCCUCACCUGCAUCAGUCUGGACCGCUGUGUCGCCAUAUGCUUCCCCAUGAAGUCGCGGCUGAACAGCCUGCGGAGCUGCGCCACCUGCUACAGUGUGGGGGUCUGGCUGUUGGUGGUGGGCGCCAGCCUGCCACCCUACCUGCACCUCAAGCUAAAAAAUAUGUCGAACGCCUCCUCCUGCUCCUCCAACUUCUCAUGCUUUGAGCAGCAGCCUAAGUUCAUCACACAGCCAGCCACAAUGGCCGUCACCCUGCUGCUGGGAUGCGGGGUGCCGCUCGCCACCAUUGUAAUCUGCUCGCUGGCACUGAUCCGGGCGCUGCAGCGCAGCCCCGCCAGCCGCAUGGACUGCGUGGACUGGCGCAGGAUCCGCAACAUGGUACUGGCCAAUGUGCUAAUCUUCGCUGUCUGCUUCGUGCCCUACCACGUGGUGCUACUACUGUUGGGGCUUGCUGGUGACAAACGUACGCUGAUAAACGUCUACCUAGCCACCAUCCCGCUCGCCUGCCUCAACACCGUGCUCGACCCGCUCUGCUACUACUUUGCCACCGAGACCUUCCAGAGGAGCUUGGGCGUCCGGGCGCUCAGGGGUGCGCUGACCUCCAACACCGAGAGCGAGGGCCAACACCACCGCUCCAGGGUCAAAACUUGAGCCCAUCAGGGGAUGGGCUGUUAGGGGUGGGUAAUGAAGGGCCAGAGACUGGGGCAUAACCAACGGCAUUGGGUGAAUUCUAUCUCAUCAGGCAUAUGGGAGGAGUGCAAUCUUGUAUCUUCAGGGAUGGGAGAUCUUGUCUCUCCAAGAGACACCUCUCAUCAGGGGAGGUGGCAUAUCUGCUGUCAGGAUGGGUUUCUUUCUCCCAGAGAGAUCUGUUCUCCUCGGGGUGGAGUAGGUUAAUCCUAUCUUCUCCGCAAGGGCAAUAGGGUGUGACCACAUGGAAGAUGAGAAAGCUCUCCCAAGUACCAUGGAUGGUGGGUGAGGGUGCCCAACAAAUGCUCCCUUCCCUGAGGAAUGCCACUCAAGAGCAAGAAGCAAUUACACUUUAACUUCGUGGAAGUCUUGUUUCUGGCUACUUGCCAUCAAACGGACAGUAGUCUGCACUCUUUCUAAGACCAGUGUGUAUGUUUGUAAAUUCAUGUACAUUAAAUUGUGUGUUGGAUACCUGACUUCAAUUAAAUGGCUUGU